AUGGGCCAGCGUCCCUUUGUUCUGGAAUUUAAUUCACUACACUUUGAGUACAACAAAGAACGUGUCAAGGUCUUCGAUUUGAAAAUUCUUAAACACAAUGGCCACAGUGCCCUAAAUGGCACAGUUAUAUUUGCACGAGAUAUAAACGAUUUUUAUUUGGACAUAAAAGCUCUAGUGCCUAAAAAUAAACGAAGACCUUGGGUAUUUUUAAACACCACCAUCAAUGGUUGUGAAUUUUUAAAGGGCAUCAAUAAUAAACGCCUGAAUAUUGCCUAUAUUAUAUACAAUCAGUUUAAGAAUUUUGAGGAUUUUCCCGUCAAGUGUCCCGUGGAAAAGGAUAGACCAAUUUAUAUACCCUAUUUUUAUAUAGACAGUGAAAAAUCGCCACCGUAUUUGCCAGUAUUUAAUUUUCGUGUAACAAUGGUUUCCAAACAAAAGGAUGAUUAUCUAUAUCGAGUUAGUUUUGAUAUAGUAGUGAAAGAAAAGUAA